GUUCCCGCGAGCAGCACGUGGAAUAUGGAAAAUGAUUACAUGAACAGCUAGCCUAUAUUUUCCUUUCAUUUCAAUUCAAAUAAUUUUAAUGAAAACUGCAUAAAGUGAGGACAUAACUGACUAACUUAUCAUUCCAUUCCGUCUACAGUGAGGGACAGCGUUGGGAUGGAGUAUCUACCCGACCGUAACUCAAGGUAUAAAGACGUGGACUACUGGGAUGAGAGGUACAAGACGGAACAUUCUUUUGAAUGGUUUGGAGACUUCUCCAAGUUCCAGCAUCUACUGCAGCAACACGUCAUGAAGGACGAUGCCAUCCUCGUGCUUGGUUGUGGUAACAGCUCUAUGAGCAGUGACAUGUAUGACGCUGGCUACCGCUCCAUCACCAACAUAGACUACUCCUCUGUGUGCAUCGACACCAUGAGUGCCAGGCAUGAUGCCACAUGCCCUGGCAUGACCUGGCAUCAGAUGGACGCGCGCCAGCUCUCCUUCACGGAUGCCUCAUACGACGUGGUCCUGGAGAAGGGCACCCUGGACGCCAUGCUGGUGGAGGAGAAGGACCCCUGGAAGGUGUCCUCAGAGACUGCCUGUCUCAUUGACCAGGUACUCAGGGAGAUCAGUCGUGUUUUAAAACCGGGAGGUCGUUUCCUGUCUGUAACCUUCGCCCAGCCUCACUUCAGGAAGCGGCUCUACGCUCGCCAUGACUACGGCUGGUCUGUAUGUACCCGUAGCUACGGAGACGGCUUCCAAUACUUCCUGUAUGUGCUGACCAAAGGGAAGGAGCUUAGUCCAGAGGAUGCCACUCUGGAGAGAAGGCUAUUGGAGGAGGCCCAAGACCCACCCAAUGAGGUCAGGACCCAGGAAGCAGACACUGAGGCCUUCCUGGAUUGUAUUGACCUAUAGGAGACGGGAUCUUAAUGGACUCUACAACAGACCACAAGUGACUUAACUCUCACUGUUUGCCAUUAUGCCUUCAAAUACUUUUUUUAUCCACUGUGGCUUUUGAACCUGUCCUUAUAUUGUGAUUACAUUUUAUGAUUCUGUAAUGUAUGUAGGUUUUUUCAAGUGAAAACAUCUUUCAUUAAAACGACAUAA